AUGAAUUCUUAUACGAAUAGUAUAAGAUUAGGUCAACGAUAUUUGAAAAAUUUUCAUCGUCAAUUAUCAAUUAGUAAAAAAUCUUUUCAACGUCCUGAAACAUUACCAAAUGUAUUUGAUAGGCAAGCUAAAUUAAAACAACGUGAACGUACAUGUCUUGAUCCUGAAUAUAAUAUUUAUUCAUAUGUACAUGAACGUGUUGCACAAAGUCUUGUAGAUAGAAUAUUUGAUAUUAAACGAACAUUUGAAUCUGCACUUGAUAUUGGUUGUGGACGUGGUUUAACAGCAAGUGAAUUAACAAAAGAUGUUAUUAAACGUUUAACUAUGAUUGAUAGUUCAUCACGUAUGCUUGAACAAAUACGUUCUCCAGUUGACGACAAUGGACAUGAUGGAAUAGAAAUUUUAAAAAAACAUCAAGACGAAGAACAAUUAACUGGUGAUGAAUCAUCAUAUGAUCUUGCAUAUAGUUGUUUAAGUCUUCAUUGGAUUAAUGAUCUUCCUGGUGUAUUUCGUCGAGUUUCACAUUUAUUAAAAAAUGAUGCACCAUUUAUUGGUGCCAUGUUUGCUUCCGACACUUUAUAUGAACUCCGUGUUUCACUGCAAUUAGCUGAAACAGAACGUGAAGGCGGCUUUUCUCCUCAUAUUUCACCAUUUGUUGAACCGCCUGAUGUCGGAAGUCUUCUACAACGUACUGGUUAUAAUAUAGUAACAUUAGAUCUCGAUGAAAUUCAUAUUAAUUAUCCUUCUAUGUUUGAAUUAAUGUUUGAUCUCAAAGGUAUGGCAGAAAAUAAUUGUAGUUGGAAUCGACGUUUAACAUUAAAACGUGAAACAUUACUAGCAGCUCAAGCUAUUUACCAAAAUAUGUAUGGUAAUCAAGAUGGAUCAAUUCCAGCAACAUAUCGUAUACUUUAUUUUAUUGGUUGGAAGCCAGAUCCCAUUGAUAAUACAAAUUCAAUUGGUUCACAAGGACUUCGUAUGAAUGAUUAUAUAUUAUCGAUAAAUGAUGAAAAUGUUGAAUAUUUAAAUCAUGAACAACUUGAAGAUAAAUUACGACGUAUAAAUAAUAGUGAAACAAUACGUUUAUUAGUUACAGAUGGUAAUGUUUAUCGUGCAUAUAAAGAAAAUUCAAAAAAUAUCAGACCAAAUAUUGAACCAACAAAAAUUAUUCCAACAACAACAAAUACAAAUUUACAACAAAAUCGUAGACAAUAUCGUUUACAUCGUAAUCCUGAUUUUGAAGGUUACGGUUUUCGUGUACGUUCAAAUCAUCAAGCUGAUGGUACACCACAUCAAAUUAUUUCUGUUGAACCAUAUUCACCUGCUGAUUCACAAGGUUUACGUGCUGGUGAUUAUAUUUUACGUGUUAAUAAUCAAAAUGUUGAACAUAUGAAUCCAGCUGAAUUUAAUAGUUUAAUGCAAAAUUUAGUAAGAAGUGAAAGUCCACGUGAUGGUGCAUUAUUAUUAGAAGUUAUGGAUGAAAAUACAUAUCGAUCAUUGAAUCAAUUACCAGCAACAGAUACAUUAAUAGCUGAUCAUCGAGCACCAAGUCGUUCUACAUAUGAUUCAUAUCCACCACCAACAAGUACAGAUGAACCAUAUCCAAGAAUGCGACAAUGUUUUAUUCGACCUUGGCCAACUUAUCGAGAACUUGGUUUUACUAUUGUACAAACACCAAAUGCAACUGGUGGUGGUUAUCAAAUACAACAACUUCGAUUAGAUUCACCAGCUGCACAUACACAUAUUCGUAAUGGUGAUCAUUUAAUUCAAGUAAAUAAUAUUAAUGUUGAAACAACUGAUUUUCAAUAUGUUUAUCAACUUAUUAAUGAUUCAUAUCGUCGAGAUGGUGAAGUUAGUUUACUUGUUAUUGAUGAUAAUGGUUAUCAAUGGUAUAAACGUAAUCAUUUUCGUAUUGAUCCAUUAUCUCAAAGAGCUAAUAUUACACGCCAUGUUACACCAGAACAUCAAGCUGUAUAUACAUCAACUGAUUCAAGUGUUGUAUCACCACCGACACGUUAUACACCUGUUGAACCAAUGUCUGGUCAACAAGAAAUUGUAUUCCCACCAACACCCUAUCAACCACCACCAACAACAACAAGUCGACCACCAUCAACUGGACCAUCAAAUCGACCAUAUCCUUAUACAAAUGGUUAUGUAUCACCAACACGUGAUCCAUAUUAUCGUUCAACAGUAGCACCAAGUGUAACAUCAUCAUUAAAUCGUCCACGUAUACCAUUAUCACGAGCAGCUGUUGAUGUUGUCGAUGGAAAAUCAAUGUUACGUUUCUGUCGUUUAAAUACCGAACCCGGUCAAACGUUUGGUUUUGAAUUAGCACAAGAAGAUAAUAAACAUAUUAUUCGUAAUGUUAAACCAGAAUCACCUGCUGCUCGAGCUGGUUUACAUAAUGAAGAUCGUUUAAUCGAAGUUAAUGAUGAAAAUAUUACUCAAAGACCACAUCGAGAUGUUGUUGCUUUAAUUAAAAAUGCUAGUAAUAAUGGUGUUGUACGUUUACUUAUUUCACCAAGUAAUAUAAAACCAUUAAAUAAACCUUCAUCAAGAAAUUCAGUUAAAACAAAAUCAUUACCAUCAUUAAAUGAUGAACGUAUGUAUUAUGACGGAAAUAAUCUUGAUCAAUAUACAACAUGGUCACCAUAUGAUGGAUCAUUUGGUGGACAACAACAACCACCAGCAAUGGUUAAAUAUUUAUCAACAUCACGUCUCGAAAAUGCUGGUUUAUCAUCAUCAAGUUAUCCAGAACGACCAUAUAGUGCUCAUGGUUUUGAUACAUAUCAACGACAGCAAAAUCGAUCAGCACUUCUUACUAGUCAACCAUAUUUACCUACGGACCCAUGGCCUCGAAAAUGUGUUCUUGUUCGAGAUCCAAGUUUUCAUGGAUGUGGUUUUCGAAUGAUUGAAAAAGAUAAUUAUGAUACACCUAUUGUUGUUGAAGUUCGUGCAAAUAGUCCAGCUAAACGAAGUGGUUUAACUGAAGGUGAUCAAAUAAUUUAUAUUGAAACUCGUAAUGUUCAAGCUAUUCGAUCAUUUGAUGAAAUGACUCUUUUAAUUCAACGAACAUUUGAAGAAACAGGUCAAGUUACACUUGUUACAUUAACAGCUCCAGGUUAUCAAGUUUUAAAACGUAAAGGUGGUUAUUUACAACCAGAUCCAUUCGAUUAUCAAUUACCAUUUGUACGAGAAUUAGCACCACGUUUAUGUCGCAUUGUUUUAUAUAAUCAUGAACAAGAUUUUGGAUUUACAUUACAACGUGGAAAUCCAAUACAUAUCAAAGAUGUUCAUCCAGGUUCACCAGCCUAUGAAUAUGGUUUACGUGCAAAUGAUAAAAUAAUUGAAAUCAAUAGUCGUGAUACAACAUAUUUAUCAUCCGAACAAAUUAUUGAAAUGAUUGAAUCAAGUAAACGACGUCGACAAUUAGAAAUUUUAGUUAUUGAUCCAGCUGGUUAUGAAUUUUCUAUGAAACAUGCUAUACCACUUAAUUCACUUUUACCAUUUGUUCAAACCGGACAAAGACGAGCCGUAAGCAGUCGACGUACUCAACAGGAAGCAGUUUAUUUAUAA